UUUUAAUUAUAUAAAGAAGUGUAUAAGUAUAUAUAUUAACAAUUUAUUAGAAGUUUUUUAUAAACAUGAAAAAUACUCUUGCCUUGUGUAUACUUGUUACAAUUUCGGUUCUAGUUUUUGCAGUACCGAAAUGCCCUGAAAAUUCUCACCAGGGAUGCCGUCCUUGCUGUCCCAAUCCAAGUUGUAGAUUUAGAAAUCCGACAUGUCCUAAAGACAGAGUCUGUACAUUUGAUUGCAAAUUCGCAUGUAUAUGUGAUAAGGGUUACAUCUGGGAUGACAUAGGAAUUGUUGGUGGAUGCAUACGUCCCAAGGAUUGUCCUCCAAUUAAAUAUUAGGUAAUAGGUAAUAAGUCUAGUGUAUAUUGUAUAACCAAAGUAAAUCAUUUUUAUUCUA